AUGUCCGAAGAGACAAUCCUGGGACGGAGAGAGUUCAUAUCAGUACAGAGUAUGAGUUCAGUUAUCCGUGUAUGUUCAGAGGGUCACGCCACUGUUUCAGGCAGAUCUGUGUCUGUAGUAGAUACUCCUCCAUUCUUUGACACACAGAUGAGACCUGAAGAGUUAGUCACAGAGAUAGCCAGAAGUGUGUAUCUAUCCAGUCCUGGACCUCACGCUUUUCUCAUUGUGUUGAGAGUAAUUGACAGAUUCACUGAACAGGAGCAGAAGAUUCCUCAGAUGAUUGAGAUGAUGUUGGGACAGGAUGUGUUAAAGUACUCCAUCAUUCUCUUCACUCAUGGAGAUCUGGUGGAAGGACGGUCAGUAGUGGAUCUCGUUGAGGAGAACUGUAGAUUAAGAGAUCUAGUCGAUCGGUGUGGAGGCAGAUAUCAUAUCUUCAACAAUAGAAGUAUGAGUAACAGAGAGCAGGUGAAUGAUCUCCUGCAGAUGAUUGACUCAAUGAUAGCACGGAAUAGAGGACACUACAUUAACCAGAUGUACAAAGACGCUCAGAAAUUCAGACAAGAAGAAGAAAAGCAGAGACUGAGAUAUGAAGAGAAUAGAAGAAGAGAGGAGAAACAAAUACAUGAGAUGGAGAGAGUGAGAAAAGAGAUGGAAGAGAAAGUCAGAGCAGAGUAUGAAGCUAAUAGAUCUGAACAAGAAAGACUUAGAGCAGGGCGACAGAGAGAUGAGGAGAAGAGAAGAAGAGAAGAGAAACAAAUACAAGAGGAGAUGGAGAGGGUGAGAAAAGAGAUGGAGGAGAGAUUCAGAGCAGAGUAUGAAGCUGAGAGAUCUGAACAAGAAAGACUUCGAGCAGUGAGACAGAGAGAUGAAGAGAAGAGAAGAAAGGGGGAGAAACAAAAAGAGAACUGUGUCUGUAGUUGAUACUCCUGGCUUCUUCAGCACUUCUAAUAAAAGCUGAUGGAUGAAUGACUGAAAGAAGAGACCGAAGAGGAAGCCAUAGCAGAGAACGACAGGAGCAGAGCUUUAUCUUUCA